AUGGCCUCGCGCCUUCUGCUGCGGCCGUCCUGCCUGGCACCUGGCUGUGGCCUCGUGGCCUUGUCCUCCAGCUUUGGCUCGACAUCGUCACCAUGGCAGAAUCAGCCUCGUCGCAGUGCCCAUGUGCGCUCCGCAUCAAAGGCUAGCCGGUCACCAACCGUACGGCGCGCAGAGAGAGCAGAGAAACAGGCGGUGCGACCCCCCGGCCUCGAACACGGCCGUCCUGCCGCAAACCGGGUCUUCCCAGCAGACCCGUCCGUGCUGAUCGUCCCGCUCGAGGCGGCCAUCGUCGUGCUCCAGUCCGAGCUCACGGCCAGCGACUGUCUUGAAAUUAUCGCCUCGUGUCACCAGGCCUACGAUGGCGAUGCUGUCAGCAAGGCCGCUCUGAAAAAAGAGUAUAAUCUAUCGCCCUACAGCAUUCACUCCGUCGCCCUGCUGCUUCUUUUCGGCGCUGCCACCACUGCUGACGGCGCCCGCCACCUGCCCCUGGCCACUACGCUGCUGCAUAUGGCCGCCGAGGCCCCCAGUCGCCCCGGCGGCUACCUGCCCUCGACCCUGACCGUUCUCAGCAUGUUCAGCGGCAACAACGUUCCCGGCCAGCAGCCUCAGCAGCCUCAGAAACCCCAGAAGCGCAGACUGCGCGACAUGCAGUUCUACCAGGACGCCGAAAAGCGCUUUCUCGACUACCUGGCUGCGAACCAGAACCUGGUGCUGUCGCCCGCUUCUGGAAAUGCUUCGGUCGAAGAUGUCGUCAUGCAGGCCAACGCCUUCACCCAAGCCGGCUUGCUAGCGGAGGCUGGCGGAAACCCAUCCAGGGCGCUGCGCUGGUUUCGCGCCGCCAGCGUCGUGGGUACAGAGCUGUCUGGUCAAGUUGACGGCGCCGACAUCGAGCCUCGCGAACCAAGAUGGGACUGGGAACGGCGUUGUCUCGAGGCCAUCGGCCGACUGCAGACCACAGAACUACGACAGCAGCAGCAGGGAGGAGAUGCUGUGACACCACCUAUCGAUAGUACGGAAGAGAAACAGCAACAGCUGCUCUACCAGGAAGCAAGAGCUGCAGUGCGCACAGCAGCUCUGGCUCUCAACAGCGGAGUCGCAUGUCUCCUUCUGGCGACUGAAUAUGCCACCAGAGAGAUCUCCUUGGAUGGCGGCCAAGGCGGAACGCUCGAAGAAGACGACCCGUACGAGGUUGAAACGCUGCUCUAUCGAGCCGCGGCAGCGGCCAUUCCGGGCGCCAGCGACGUUCUGGCCGCACGCCUUGAGGCCAAGCUGGCUCUGAAUAGGAGUGGCAGUGGCAAGGACGUCAGCAAGGCCUCGCCAGAACUCGAGCUGUUGGCCGAAGAAUGGCGAGCUCUUGCGACAGCGUCCAGUGGACACAAAAAUACACAAAGUACUUAG